AUGGUUUUCAAAAAGGACCUCCAUGUCGUUGAAUAUGCAGUGACGCUGCUUCUCCAAGUGAUUUCCGGAUCUGUCAUCAUUCUUCUUCCUGCGGGACUUUACUUUGAAAUACUUGUCGACUGGGACUUCUGGCAAGAGAUCAUAACGGCACUCCUCUGUACUUCAUUCAUAGUAUUAGGAUUCAUUGCUGUGAUGCCAACAGAUCUCGGAAAAGACAACAAAGGGAUUUUUGUUACAUUUACAAGGUGUUGCAUCAUUCAUAUUCUCCACAUAAGAAUUAUGCGAAUCUUUUUAGGUAUCAAAGACGUGGAAUCGACACCUCCUCCAGUUGUUUCCUUGACAGAUGGUGGUUGUUACGUUUUCUCAAGUAUCAAAGACGUGGAAUCGACACCUCCUCCAGUUGUUUCCUUGACAGAUGGUGGUUGUUACGUUUUCUCAAAACAUUACAGUGGUCAUACCGAGAAUUUGGGUUUACUUCCUUUGUUCAAGCUUCGUUUGAAACGCAUUGUGGUCGUUAAUGGAGGCACAUCGAGUAAAGGUGGCAAUUAUGCCACUGACCUUCUGGAAGCCUUACGGCAAGCCCGAGAAAAACUACGAUGUUCUUUUAUAGCAAUCAGUGGUCGGGACAUUGUUGAGGAUAUUCGUGAUCACUUCGUAGAAACAGAAAAGGGAAAAAAGCCAAGAAGUUAUCGAUUUAAAGUGCAGAAUUGUGAAAAAGACGAUUUUGAACCUAAGCUUGUUGGUGAAGGAGAUGUUUUGAUGUUAAUGCCAAGACACCCAGACGAUGGAAUGAGUCAAUUCCAAGAUUACAAAUGGAGCGAUUUUGAUGGUGACGUCAAACUAGACUUGGACGAGUCCCUUUGGGGUCCAGGACCAGCACUGAAGACCUCUGAAGUUGAUCGUCUAUCAGGUUGCUGCUGUGAAUGCUGUCACUCGAAGCCAUUCAAUUACAUUCUGAAUUUUUUGAUGACUGGAUUUCCUUUCCAUUCAACUGUCAACCAAAUGCUUACAUCCAGUCAGUAUACUGCCUACCACAGAGAAGGCUAUCACGCAUGCGUAGAAGCUGAAGCAGACAAAUUUCUUGGAAAAUAUCAAUGUGAUGAGGUCAUUACCACCCAACCACAAGGCUUCCAUGACUUCAACAUAUCACAAGGCACACUAGCACCCACAGUUAUAAAUGUUCGCAAAUCUGUUGAGUGUCUAAUUACAAGACAGGAAAAGUGA